AUGCCUAAUGUUGGGGGUUGAUGUGAGUUUCUUCUUUCUUUUGCUGGAGUCUCUUCUCCCCUUCCACCGUUCCUAAGGCGAAGGCCGGUGACCAUCCGGAAAUCUUAGCUUUUUUAUUUGGCAUCAACAUCCUCCUCGUCCGUGGACACCGGCUGUGAAUUUCCAUCCCCGCGAAACCCCAUACAAGGUCCGGCCAAGUCCAGCGUGGCAGAGGUCCGGAGAUGAUGCCAUGAAACCACGGUUGAUGCGAAUGCGACGACAGGAUUAUGGCGAGGGUCAGCGCGGUUGAGUGGUUGAGGGGCGGAAGCGGCAGAUGCUGCUGUUCCUUCAAGCGGAUCACCUUUGUGAUUUGCUGCGUUAAUCUGGUUGCCGCGCUCCUCGUGAUUCAUUCGUUCUACACUUCCUUCUUCUUCCGCCCUUCGUCUGGGCUCAACCGAAAUUAUCUCGCCGAUCAGACAAAGAAAAUGGAAGAAUCGAUCCGGAUACGAAGAGAAAUGGGGCCUUUGGCUCUCGUUAAUGCGGCGAGGAUGCUCAGAAUGAAGUUAUCCAGAGAAGAGAAAAAGGGGCGUAUUCAGUUGUCACAACUGGUGAUGCAUAAGUUGGCCAGCGAGAUUCUGCAGAUGCUGCAAGGUGUCGACAAUACUAACGUGACGGAACAACAGGCUGCAGUGAAUAUAUGGCGUGUCCAGAAGCUUGAAGAAGUUCGAAAAGCAACAAACUCAAAACCUUCAAAUUCAAGCAUCCCUUUUAGGGAAGCAAAGAUGCUGAAACAAGCACUGGAGACUAAUUGGCCUCUUCUAAUGGAAGGAAUUGGACUUUGGAUUCCAACUAAUAUUAUCAACACUCAGCAUGAUGAUAAACCCAAAGACGAACCAGAUUUUGAGAUAAUUCCUGGUCGACCAAUUCCUCCUGAAUGCCAUGCUGAACUUCAUACUGAUUAUGAUGGAGCUGCUGUUAGAUGGGGUCUUACCCACCAUAAAGAAAGUGCAGCAGAUUGUUGUCAGGCUUGCUUAGAUCAGGCAAAACGCACAAAGCCAGGGGGAAUGAAAUGCAAUAUAUGGGUUUACUGCCCAUCAGAAUUUGGGUGCUAUUCACCAGAUAUAUAUGAACACAAGCAUCAGGAAUGCUGGCUGAAGCAGGCUGAUACACCUCGAUUGAAUUUCAAAGACAAGUACUCGGAGUCAUACCGGAACAAUCACCACAAUGCACCCAUUGUCGUGCCAUGGAUGUCAGGCAUUGUGCACUUGUAGAAGCUACUUCAUGAUUUCCGGAAAAAAGAAAAAGAUUUAGCCACUUAUUUGAAUUGUUUAUCUUCACAAUGCUGCCAGAAUUUUUGUCCGAGUUGCAGUGGCGUUUCAAGUCUGUAUUCUUUAUGCCCUUGUAAACUUGACAAUGGCAUCCCCUCUCUUCUUUAGAGAGUUGCAGAACACUUCUGAAUGGGUGAGAAAUUUUACAGGUGGAAUAUGAUGAUGUUUAUCAACAUACUUCAUGAGCUUCAAGCGUUGUCUUCAAUUUAUGAUGAUCUCAUAUUCUGAUA